UACCCAUCAAAAAUUAAAAUACUGUCAAUCGACGGUGACGUCUAACUUGAGCCGCUUAUAAAAUAACAUUUUUAACGUUCGUAAAAAAUUCGCGAGAUUGCGUUAAUUUCGCGAUCGCGGAAAAUGAUUCUGGCGGAUACAGCUGUAGCUGCGCGUUUACGCACGGAUGAGCGGAGCGUCAUUAUGACGGUACACGGUCGCUCGAGGAUUUCACGAUGGUGUCAAUGCUCACUGUGCUAUCGCAGAACCGGUCGUUAUAGAUCAUUCCCCUUAGGCACGACGACACUUCGAUCAAUCGAUCGUUUUACGCUCCAAGGAGUUUCCGCGAAGGCUCGGAUGAAGCGCUCGGAUAACCGGCCGCGAUGCAGAAACGUGUUGAGUGCCGAACAAGCCGCACGAAGCUUAGAAUACGCGGCUUUGGAGUACAGUUUUGUAUAGGGUAGAGAGUUGGAGCUUCUCUUAAUUUUAUCAUUAUAAAAAUUAAUUGUAUCACGCAUGCUAAAGUAAUAUGUUGAUUAAAAAAUUUGAACCACGCGAUAAACUCAAUGCAUUAUCAUAGCAAAUUGUUGGUUAACUGUAAUUAAUUGCAUUCAAUACUAUUUUGCUAAAGUUAUUCUUUAACUUUCUCUCAAAUUGCAGAUUCUAAGAUGAUGUCCUUCAUGGGAAAGUUGCUGUUUUCCCUUCCUGUGUUCCUGGCUCUUCUGGCGUACGGAUCAACUGAUCAAAAGCCAAGGCUGGUGUGUUACUUCAGCAAUUGGGCUAUAUAUCGUCCGGACGUAGGCAGCUAUGGCAUCGACGACAUUCCCGCUGAAAUGUGCACGCACGUUAUCUACUCCUUCAUCGGCGUGAGCAACGUUACUUGGGACGUGCUCAUUCUCGACGAGGAGCUCGACGUCCAGAAGGGCGGCUUCAACAAGUUCGUCGCUCUAAAAGAAAAGUAUCCGCACUUGAAGACUCAGAUCGCUAUCGGCGGUUGGGCCGAAGGCGGCAGAAAAUACAGCGCAAUGGUCAGCUCGAAACCCAGACGUGACUCACUCAUCAGCGGCAUCGUCGCUUUCAUGAAUCAGUACGGAUUCGACGGCUUCGAUCUUGAUUGGGAAUAUCCGGCUGCUACGGAUAGAGGCGGCACUUUUAGCGACAAGAACAACUUCUUCUACUUCGUCGAAGAGCUGAGGACCGCGUUCGACAAGGCAGGCAAAGGCUGGGAGAUCACUAUGGCGGUGCCGAUGGCCACGUUUCGUCUUAACGAGGGAUACCACGUACCAGAAUUAUGCGAGCUUAUUGAUGCCAUCCACGUGAUGUCUUACGAUCUUCGUGGCAACUGGGGUGGAUUCGCCGACGUCCAUAGUCCACUUUACAGAAGACCUCACGAUCAGUACGCCUAUGAAAAAUUGAAUGUGCACGAUGGUCUCCAAUUGUGGGAAGACAAGGGUUGCCCCGCCAACAAGCUCGUCGUAGGAAUCCCGCUGUACGGACGCACCUUCACCCUCAGCCAGGGCAACAAGGACUACAAACCCGGAACUUAUAUCAACAAAGAAGCCGGUGGCGGUGCGCCCGGCAAGUACACCGCAGCUAAAGGAUUCUUGGCUUACUACGAAAUCUGUAUGGAACUUAUGAAACCGGACAACGGAUGGACCAAGGCAUACGACGACAAAGGCUUGGUGCCCUACAUGUACAAAGACACUCAAUGGGUCGGCUACGAGGAUGCUGAUAGCAUCGUCCACAAGAUGAACUUCCUGAAGGAAAAGAAAUAUCUCGGUGCCAUGGUCUGGGCCGUCGACAUGGACGAUUUCAGAGGACUUUGCGGUCCUGCGAAUCCUCUCAUGACUACUAUCUACGAAGGCCUGAAGGGUUACACAGUCACAGAGAAAAAUUACAAAACCACACCCAGACCCGAAUGGGACAGGCCGCCUAGCACUCCAUCCUCCACGGGUGAAGAGAAACCAAAACCGACAUCGAGACCCGAACCCGAGCCGACCAAGAGACCCGGAGAAUCUACCGAGCCACCUCGUCCUACCUCGAAACCAGUCGAUGACGACGAAGUGAGCUGCAACGGACCGAACAUCAUCCCCAGCAAGGAUUGUCGAACAUACUACGUUUGCAAUCACGGUAAACCAAUUAAGACGCAAUGCGCGCCCGGUUUGAUCUUCAAUAGCUCCAAGCUCAUCUGCGACUGGCCGGCCAACGCCGAUCGCGUGGAAUGCAGAAACGGCUGAUCUACGUGUGAUUUCGAUAUCGAUUUUACAAGCCCAGUGGUUUCCAUCAAUUCAUAUAUCUCUCGGUUCUACAAGAGAGUUCAUUACGAUAAUUUCAUAUGACGGUACGUCGUUACGUUAUUACUUGUUGUGUCGUGCGCGAGAACAUGUGCGAUGUGAAAUGAUAUCGCUGCGAGCCACAAUAAAUCAUACGCAGUUCA